AUGUCUCAUCGAGACUCCGAUUCGAAGCGUCGCCAUUCGAAGUUCGAUCGAGAACCAAGCCCCAAGAGGCAUAGAAGGGAUAAAGAAAGAGUGACAACAAAUGAUGUAGGAGGAGUGGAUCGGGAACAGAGAAACCUUCCACUGUCAAAUCGUUCUUCUAAGCAUGAAAUUACCGAUGGUUCUCUGAAGAAAUCGAAUCCAAUUGAUCACUCUGAGCCGUCUAAGCAUUCGUCGCAACCGUCGAGAUCUCGCUCUUAUUAUCAGGUUGGUCGAAGCGCUGGUCAAAGGGAAGCUGAUGGAAAAGUUUAUACUCAAAGUAAAGAGAAUAAUCAAAGGGUGGAGACAAGUCAAAGUAGAGAGCAAAGAGAUGAGAAAUCAUUGGCUAAACAGGAUGAUAAAUUUCAGAGAAGAGACAGUUUUACAGAAAGAAAAGACGAUCCGACACCUUCUAUGAGGAAAAGGCCAGCAUUUAGGGAGAAGAAGAUUCCAGUGGAUUCGGGAGAGGCUAAUCCAGCUGGGACAGUGACAGUAAAGUCAAGCCAUACCAAUCAUCCUUCAGAGAAGGCUGAAAGGAAGGAGGAUAGAAGCAGCAACCCUAACCAUUUGGAUAGAUCUGAGAAGCAAAUUGCAGAUGACAGGGCACCCAACAACAGAGAAGCUAGGAGGGACGUCUUUUCAUCAAGAGCAAGGUAUGGUGGAAAUGGAGGCAAUAGCAGUUACAGAGGAAGAGAUAAAUUUAAUGGAAGACAAGAUUAUAACCCUGUUAAGACUCAAACAGAGAAGUGGAAACAUGAUUUGUAUCAAGAGGUUAACAAGGAUCCCAUUGCAAAGAAUGAGGAUGAUCAGAUUGCAAAGCUGGAAGCACUCCUUGCUUCUUAA